AUGGAUAGAGUGAAGGAUUUGGCAUCAAAGACAGCUGCAGUUGUAUUCACAAAGAGUUCAUGCUACAUGUGUCACAGCAUAACACAGCUCUUUUAUGAGCUAGGUGCAAGCCCUGCAGUGCAUGAUCUUGACACUGAACCCUAUGGUAGGGAAAUGGAAAGGGCUCUAAGGAGCCUUGGAUGUAACCCUUCAGUUCCAGCAGUGUUCAUUGGUGGAAAAUUUGUAGGCUCAUCAAAGGAUGUGAUUUCUCUUCAUGUUGACGGUUCCCUCAAGCAAAUGCUCAUGGCUGCUAGAGCCAUUUGGUUCUAG